CUAAUCACAACAAAAAAAAGCGCGCACAAAUGUGCGAAUGUUUUGCCGAAAUAUAUUUAAAAAGAAUUGAAACAAAUAUAAUAAAAAUUUACCCAUGUCGUCAACCAGUGCCAGUGAUGCGUGCAAACUGCUGCUGCUUGGCAGAUGUGUGCGUGCCGUCGUGUUCAGCGUAAUGAUUCAAUUUCUGCUCCUGACCAUUUUUCUGCUGUUCGUUAAUUUUCAAUUGUUUCAUCCGUUGAACUGGUUGGCAAACACAUUUGGUUUGGUAUGCAGCUUCUACACCUGGUUUGCCAGUAUUCCGCUGAUCAUAGCCAUUGUGGUGUAUGGAGUGAUCCUCUGCCAGGAGCACUUGGUCGAAAGACGCUACCAUCCUAGUCGCUAUCGUUGGCUGCAACAUCACGGACUGCGUAAGCUCGUGUUUCUGGUUGCUCAUCUAAUGGUGGGCUAUCUAACUGUCUGGCUGUAUACCGGCUAUCUACACACGGAUUACAGGCAUCUGAAAUACAAAUGCUAUGGCUCGGACUGCCUUAGUGGAUACCACAUCUUUCUGCUCGGCAUGGGCACCACAGCUGGCUGCUAUUACUUUGUGUCAGUUUAUUUAAACCGUGAGGUCAGGAUCGAGUUUCCGGUUGUGAGUCAAUCACGUAGCCAUAAGAUGCGUGAACUACUGUAUGGAACACUGCUGAACUCACUUACCAGGUCUCUAGUUCCUACUUUGGGCUUUACGCUUGUCUUUUGGUUGUGUGGUUCUUUGGUGGGCCAUAAGCUCAGCCAAUUACUUGGAGUGGACACGGAUGAACGGUUGGAAGGAUUUUUUGGUGUGGUGACCAGCAUUCGCCUGCUCUUCUAUGCCUGGCUUCUCACUGCCCAGAUUCUAAGCAAUAUGCAUCUUAUGCGACGUUUCUAUGCCAUUUUACUGUCCGAAGAUCUGCCACUGACAGUGAGUAAAAAUCGAACAGCUUUUGCCCAGGAUCAAGAGGUGACCAUGGUAGCUGGUCUGGGAGUAUUUCAUAUAUAUGUGGUACAAUGCCUGUCGGCACGUUUCCUCUUUAAGUUGGCUCACCGUAAGGAUUCAGUGCAUCGACAAGAGCUUUUCCAGCUAACCGAGCCAGGGAAUCGACCAGCUAAUUGGCGAGCCUUUUGCGAUCAAUCUCUAAGCAUCAUUGGAGGUUUUACUGAUGAACUAAUGGACUCCAUGCAGCAGAUAAGCAUGCUUAAGGUGGCCCAAAAUCCCUUUCCGGUCAUUAACAAUGACUCUGUGAGUGCCGCUUUAUUGGCCGAAAAGGUGCUCCUUCGUCAAUAUAAUCAUUUGCAUGGUAUUCGUCCCAUUGUGUCUCCAGGCCGCGAGCAACAAUCUGAUCAGCCUGUAUUGGGUGGCAUCCGGCAUAUGCCCAAUUGGUGUGAACGAGUGUCCCUGCAACUGGGACAAGCUCUGAAACGUCUCCUGCACCGCAUACCGGGCAUUGUCUAUCUGUUCAGCGAACCCGAGGGAGCCAAAGCCGCUUUUCUGCUGGCCAACUCAUUGCACAUUGUGUGGCUGAGCGAAGGCCUGGCACAGAUCUGUGUGGCCUCAAUCAAGGAGGAUCGCUAUGGUGUAGUGCAGAACGAUUUGCCAGCCAUCAUUAAAGCACUGAGCACCCUUAAGGAUAAUUUGGAUAAACUAGGCAAUGUGGUGGGUAAUCUCAGGGGGUCGCACACAUCACACUUCAGUAUGUUGCGUGGUUCUAUCCGGCGCAGUCUCUACAACGUUGUCAACUGUUUCAAUGAAUAUCUUGGCGAUUUGGUAGACUCACCUGAAGAGCUACAUAUGCUGAGGUCAUUCAUCCAUCAGGAUUAGGAGCGAUCUUAAGUUCAUUUUAUUUACUCAUUCAUUUAUUUUUUGGUUCAACUGUUUGUUUUCUUCAUCAUCGUUUUAAUUGUUGUCUUUGAUAACAAUAAAUUUAAUAAAUACAACUAAAA